AUGUCAAGUGAUAACUAAAUUAUGCGGGUGACAGAAUAAGAGGCUUUGAUGGAUUUAAGAUAAGAUUUUAUGAGAAGGAUCAAUAAAAACCAUAUGAAAAUGGAAUUAUCUGAAAGAAAACAUAAUGAUGGUUCUCUAGAAAAGUCAGUUAAAUUGACUCCCAUGACAACAGGAGAUUAUAUAGGAAUAUGGGCAAUUGCUAUAUUAAAAAGCUUUUUUUUAAUAUGCUUUCUUUUGAUGGUUUAUGAAAUAUAUAAAGACAUUUAAGCGCACAUUGACAUUUCAAAAACUUAGGUUUUAAUAGAAAUGAAGAAUUGUGGUGCUGAAUAUGAACAAAACUUGUGUUCCGAAAAUUAUUUAAUAGAAUCAAUGGCACAAAAAUGCAAAGAAUUAGAAAUUUGUAUAAACUAAAACAUUGAAAUGAAAGUGAGGACACAAUAACUUUGGUUACAGGUUUUAGGAAAUUCAUUUGAAAAUAUGUUCAAAACGCUUUCUCUUAAAACUUGUGUCAUGAUCUCCUUUAUAAGUAUAACAACUAGCAUUGUUUUUAUCAAAAACUGA